AGUAAGUGAUGCUUUCCGAAGAUCACGAAGAAAGUGAUAAGCCCAAAAAGCCACACACGCAUGACGAGCGAGGUGCCGCGGACUUGGAGAGAGUGACUGAUUACGUGGAGGAGAAAGAACUGAGUGUUGGGCCUGAUGCAUUAACCGCAGUUUCAGGAACGGUGGGAGAUGAAGGGGCCGCAUCCAAAGCUCAGAAAGAAAAACAACUUCUAAAGGUGAAAGUCAAAGCCGAAGAUGUAGAGCUCAUUUGUCAGGAACUAGAGGUUAGCAAGUCUGUGGCCGAGAGACGUUUGAAAGAAAAUCAAGGCGACGUUUACAAAACUUUAUUGGAGUUGAUUGCAUGAUCAAUAAAUUUUUUAUUUAAUGUGUUG